AGUUAAGAUAAGUAGUUAGGAUCCCCAGUAAUAGGAAUGAUGAUGAGCAUGAAUAUCAGAUGCACUGGGUACAGUGUGGUUCAAUGGAACUGUUGGUGGAUGUCAUAAUUUAUUACAUGCCCUAGAACCUGAAGGUUGAACGGGGGGAUUUUUCUGUAACAGUACUGAUGAUACCGUAAUAAUACCAUGUAUACCGUGAAAUCCUCCAACUCAGCAAAGCAAAACCCACUUUUGUCCUUUUUCCCACUCGCUCUCUGGGCGCUUGCACCCCCUCCCUCUCUGUCUGUCUCUUUCAUUCUCUUUUCUCAGUGUAUCUGCUCUCUUUUUUUUUCCCUCUCCCAAAUAAAAUAAAUAAUAAUAAAAAUAAUAGUAAUAAUAAUAACCAUUCUCUGACGAAAUCCGUUGAAAUGCGUAGGUGGUUACUACUAGUAAAUUCAUCAGUCUCUCCCUCUCCCUCUCUCUUUCUUUUCUUUCCCCUUUGCCUUAAUAUUUAUUAUCAUUAUGAGAAUUAUUAUUUCCUGUACUCCGUAGCGGACUAUCCUACUUCCUUUUUCCGUCUUUUUCUUUCUUUCCUUUUUGUCUUCUUACCUUUUCCCUUUUGCCAGUCCCUCCCUCCCUCUCCCUCCUCUUCCUCUCCCUUCUCUUUCUGGCUGACGAUUUCCUUCUCUUUGUCUCUUUUCCCCCCUCUCCCUCCUCCUGCCCCCCUCCCUUCCCCAUUGUCUCUCCUCCUAAUUUCCCCCCCAGGGCUGAGGGAGCCUUUUUCAGUUGCCGCGGUUUUGCCAGCCCCCCUCCUCCUCCCUCCUCCCUCCUCCCACCCCCCAGGGCUCGCCUACGUCAUAGGUUGGACCCCCCCGGAGACGGACCAUUUCCACCACAAAUCGUCGAUCUCGCUGGGUCACAGCAGAACCUGCUCCAGUGCUUCUGGUUGGGAAGGUCAGAUCACUCGAACUUUCCUCCCUCAUUCAUUUUCACACUCACUUUUCUACCUUACCACACUACCCUUUGCCUACACACUAUCUCAUUAUUUUCUAUUUUUCCAUUUUUUUUUUUUUCUCUUUUUUUUCUUCUCUUUUUGUUUUUGAUACCUCUUACCGUACUCGCUACCACCACCACCAACCAUUAUUACUGUACCUCACCACCACCGCUAUACACCGCUUUAGUCAACUUUCCGAACUUUUUUUUCUCUCCCUCUUUCCUUUCUUUCUUUCUAGAAUUACCCUAUCUCAAGAGGUACUACUUCCCAGGUCGUUUUUUUUUUUCUUUACCCAUUCCCAUCCCCACACCUCCCCCCCCCC